AUGAGCCUCAACCCCCACGCUGCAGAGUUUGUUCCUGUCUUUGGCCCUCCCUCCACCCUCACCACUGCAUCACAAUCAGAACUGGCGGCAGCAGGAGGAGGUGGAGGAGGAGGAGGAGGAGGAGGAGGAGGAGGAGGAGCAGCAGGAGCAGCGGGUGGUGUAGCAGGGUCUGCUGGUGCAGCUGCAGCAGGAUAUGCAUCCUUCCUGCAGGGCAGCAGCGCAGCAGGGUACGCGUCCUCACUGCAAGCCGGGUACGGCGGCAUGGGCAGCGGUUUAGCAGGGUACAACGGCGGGGCAGCAGAGGAGGCGUUUGAGGAGUGCGAGGAGGAGCUGUUGAGCCGAUCCCAGUCACACAACAGCAACGCCUCUGAUGAUGAGUACCGCCGCUUCUGGCGCGAUCGGUUGCCGGAUGAGCUCCUGAGCUUUGAUGAGUCGCCCAAGGGGAGAGGGGGUGGGCGGGAUGGGAGGGGCGGGGGAGACGGGAGGGAUGUGAGAGAUGGGUUUUUGCAGAGAGGGAUGGGGAUGGAGAUGGAUGUUGGUGGGGGUGGGGGUGUUGGUGGGUCAGGAAACAGCCUGCAUCGCCAUGCAGCUAGCAUGCCCUCUCUAGAUAGUGGUCACAUGUCCAGUUCCGCUGCUGCUGGGGCUGCUGGUGGUGCUGCUGGUGGUGCUGCUGCUCCCCCUGGUGGCGACCCAAACAGUUUUGACAGGCAUGGAUAUGGAUACUCGUUUCGGCAAGGCGUAGGCCCCCCUGGUGGCCCCCCUGCCGCCCAGUCCAUGGGGAAUAUGCUCGAGGAGGUUAAGUCAGACUCGGCUCUAGACCACAUUGCACCGCAUCGCACCGCUCUCGGUCUCUCCGGACCUGGCCAGCACCACCACAUGCCGCAUCGCCCUAUCAUGGGAUCGCCGGCUCAGGGACCUUCCUACGAACCUUCCCUUGACAGGCCUUUUGAACCUUCCUAUGAUCCUUCCGCUCCCUAUCAUCCCGGCCCCCCUCCCUCACACCUGCUUUCUCGUAACGCCCCCAGCCCUGCCUGGAGACCUGCCCCAGGCCCACCUACGUUUUCACCUGGGCCCCCACCUGGCGGACCACCUGGCUCUGUUGGUCCCGUCCCUUCCAGCCCUGUGAUUGGCCGUGGAGGAGUACCCCAUUCUCCGAUGGGCACACCCAACAGAUAUCCCCCAUACGGCGGGGUUAACCCUAACUCUAACCACAUGAGCCCGCAGCAGAGCCCUGCCAGGGGCCCUCCCCCCUAUGCCUCCCCCGGAGGCCCUCUCUCCCGAUUUGGUGGUAACCCUGUAACAUCAAUGUCCAUGCCGUUACCCGGUGCUGCCUCCCCCCCUCCCCCGCUCCAUCACCCCUUCAACAGCCCCGCUAGGGGCUAUCCCCCUCCCCCGAAUGCAGACCCGAGGGCCAUGCACCCCCCACCGUUUGAACUCCCUGGUCCGGCUGGGGGAGGGGACAUGGGGGGAGGGAUGGGGGGAGGCGGGGGAAUGGGGGGACCAGGGGGAGGGGACGGCAUGUGGGGAGGGAAAGGAGGGGGAGUGAGAGAAAGAGCGAUGUCGAUGCCAGUUGGGUGGGGGGGACCGGAGGAAGGGGUAGGCGGCGACGAUCGGCACGACCCUGUGCGCAUACUCGCUACAGAGUUCCCCAUGUUCAGUAUAAGCACCCUGGCUGAGAUUUUUUUCUCGAAUGGCGCUGACCUGCCUCGGACCAUGGAGAUCCUGACCCAGCUGCAGUUGACCCUCUCUUAUCGCCAACCGCCGCACCCUCCUCUCAUCCCUCCCCUUCCCCCCACCCUUUUGCUUCUCUCCGCGUCCACCUUUUUGUCUCCCCCCCUGCUCACCUAUUUGUCUCGCUCCCCUACUCUCCCAUCGCCAACCCACCGCCGCCCCCCACCCCCUUCCGCGCACCCCCCUUCUCUCGACUCCCUCGACUUCCCCACUCUCUCCCCCCCCGACCCCCUCCCCACUUCCUCCUCCCCCAUGCUCCGCCCCCGCCCCUGA